UUUUGUGGCAACACUGGUUCCUUUUUCUUUCCAAAGCCGUAAAACAUAAUAAAUAAUAAAAAAAAUAUCUUUCUGUCUUUUUCGUUUUUGUCCCGGUGAGUUUGUGAUUUUACAAACAUGGGGAAGGGAAAUAAUAUGAUACCUAAUGGUCAUUUCCACAAGGAUUGGCAAAGAUUCGUAAAAACGUGGUUUAACCAGCCUGCCCGCCGACACCGUAGAAAACAGAAUCGUAUCAAGAAAGCUAAGGCUGUUGCUCCUCGUCCUGCCGCUGGACCACUUCGGCCAGUCGUUCGUUGCCCUACUGUACGGUAUCAUACGAAAGUUCGUGCUGGACGUGGAUUUACUCUCCGAGAAAUAAGGGCAGCCGGGCUUAGUGCUGCAUUUGCUAGAACUAUUGGCAUUGCUGUGGAUCCACGCAGACGCAAUAAGUCUGUAGAGUCUUUACAAACAAAUGUUCAGCGGUUGAAAGAGUAUCGCGCACGUCUCAUUCUCUUCCCCAAGGGCAAAAAGGUAUUGAAGGGUGAAGCAAAUGAGGAGGAACGCAAAUUGGCUACACAACUUCGUGGUCCAUUGAUGCCUGUACAGCAGGCUGCUCCUAAAUCCAUUGCACGUGCUAUAACUGAUGAAGAAAAAGAUUUCAAAGCUUACCAAUACCUUAGAGGGGCUCGCUCAAUUGCAAAACUUGUUGGUAUCCGAGCCAAGAGAUUGAAGGAUGCUGCAGAAAAUCCGGACGAUGUCACUAAGGCUCCUACUGCUGUAAAAGAGGCAAAACCUAAAAAGUGAUUGUAAUAAACUAAUGUAAACAGUAAAACUAGUUUAUUUUUG